AUGAUUGAAUGCAUAUCGAUGCAGGCUCUUAUCGUUUCUCCCAUUGAAAAACGUAACCCCUCUCAUCGCCAACAUUUUGAGAGAAAUCAUUAUUUAUACCGAGAUGGAUUCGCUGAAGAAGGAUACAAUUAUAAUAGGCCACAGAGUCCGUUUCAAAGUGGAACAACUGCUUCGGGACCUUUUUCACCGACUCCAUCUGGACCCACCGGACGACCGGACACUGGUUACACUUCAGGAAGACCAAGCGCCGGACCGUCAUUCGGACCUUCGCCACCCUUUUCCCGCCCCGAUUUCGGAUCACAGACCGGUAGCACACCGGCCGGAAAUGGUUUUUCCGGUAGACCGAGUGGAUCUUCAUCUCCUGGAAACGGAUAUCCGAGUGCAGGACAAGGCGGUCAGGGAGGAUAUCCGGGAAGUUCGAGUUCGUCGUUCGGACCUGGUUAUCAAGGUGGAUCCGGAGGAGGUGGUAGACCCGGCUCACAAGGUAGCUCUCCGGGAACAAGUGGUUACCCCAGCGGCGGACCUACGUUUUCGAGCGGUGUAGGAGGAGGUAGCGGACCGGGAUAUCAAGGCGGAGCCGGAGGUGGUAGCGGACCAGGAUAUCAAGGCGGAGCCGGAGGAGGUAGCGGACCAGGAUACCAAGGCGGAGCCGGAGGUGGUGGUCGUCCAGGUUCACAAAGAGGCAGCGGUGGUAAUUCUGGAUAUCAAGGAGGUAGUGGUCCGGGUUUUCAAGGAGGUGCCGGAGGUGGAAACGGACCUAGUUCACAGGGAGGCAGCGGAGGUUCUGGAUUUCAAGGAGGCAGCGGUCCUGGAUUCCAAGGAGGCGUAACGGGUCCCGAUUUACAAGUUCCCGGUACUGGAGGAUCCGGAUUUGGAUCAGAUUUUCAAGGUGGUCAACCUGAUGAAGGCGAUUACUCCGCCAUUCCCGGAGUACCCGGACAAGAUUAUCCAGUUUAUUCUGAAAUACCCGAAACGUCGUUCAGAUGCGAACAACAACAAUAUCCCGGAUAUUAUGCCGACGUCGAAGCACAAUGUCAAGUCUUCCACGUUUGCGCCAACAACAAAACUUACGACUUUUUAUGUCCCAACGGCACCAUCUUUCAUCAACAAUUUCUCGUUUGCGUUUGGUGGAAUCAAUUCGAUUGCAGCACCGCUCCGGAGUUUUAUUCCAUCAACGAAAAUAUUUACGAUUACAGCAUAAAAGGUAGCGAACAACAACAGGGAGGUGGAGAUUUCGGUACGGGUUUCGGUGAUCAAUCGUUAGUAAGACCCGGUUCAUCGUUCGGAGGAGCUCAAGGACCGUUCGGACCUUCCGGUUCAUUUGGUGGAUCUCAAGGACCGUCCGGACCUUCCGGAACAUUUGGUGGAUCUCAAGGACCUUCCGGACCGUCUGAAUCAUUCGGUGGAAAUCAAGGACCAUCUGGACCAUCUGGAUCAUUCGGUGGAUCACAAGGAACUUCUGGUCCUAGCGUGUCCUUCGUCGGACAACAAGGAUCGAGAGUACCAGUCACGGGAGGUUCACCCGGACCCAGCAGCACUUUUGGUCCUACCACGCCGACUGCCGGUUAUCCAUCCGCCAGUCCCACCCAAAGGCCGGGUGGUUAUUCUCCUUCUGGAACUUCCGGAGGAUACACUCCUUCCGGACCAAGUUCGACAUCCGCUUUCGGUAACUCUCAACGACCCGUUUCUGCCACCACCACCGGACCAUCGUUUGGACCAUCCUCUACGUUCGGACCACCUUCCAGCAGGCCAAACAAUCAAGGUUCGUUCAGACCAGUAUCUCCGACCGGUCAACCUGAUCGACAAUACCUUCCUCCGUAUUAG